UUUCUCUUAGGGUUUGUGCUUUCUCUAACUGAUGUGCUGAUUGAGAAGUUACAUAACUUUGUUAUUUUUCUUAGCUUAUUGAAAUUCACUGAAUCAGUAGGAUGUAUUUACUUAUAGCCUCUUGCAUUGGUUAUGGGAAUUUGAUUACAAUAAAUGUAUUAAGACUUGGAAAUUUUCAUUUUGGUGUGUAGUAACCUAUUAACCUGCCUGAACUAGCAUAAUUUUGAGUGAUAGAUAGUAGGCAAAAAAGAAAAGGUAAGAAAAGGGUAGGCGGAGAGGAAGAAUAAUGUGUUAAGGGAGUUUAGAUGUUUGAGAGUUUUAAGAAGAAAAGUGAAAGUAGGCUUCUACGAGAUUACACCUUGUUUAGCAUUGUUUGAUCUUUUGUUAGAACUGAAAAUAAGCAGGUGAGGUUUUCUUUACUGUGGGAUGUAACUAUAUCAUUCGUCUUGUACUCUAUGCAAUUCAUUGGUUGGAUUUAUUUAUUCCCUCCAUUUCUUAUUGAUGAUCUUCUCAAUUUUUUUAAUGCAUAUAUAAAUCAAUGAAAUCUGGAUUUGCUGGGUUAAUUUCUGUUGAUUGCUACUUAUUUAUUAUAAGUUGUAUAGAAUAAAUGAAAUUAAUUUCUGUUGAUUGCUGAAUCAAUUUCUGCCAUAUUGGAUGAUAGGGAAUUGGAGGUUUAGGUAAUUACCUUUUUCUGAAAAAAUUCUUAUUUAAUAUCUUGUAUUCGUUCAUGAUGUAUGUUAACAUAUUUAUGUAUUGUGUUAUUAUAACAGAUAACUUGGACAGAGAACUUGUAGUUGUACUGUGUUAUGUAUUGUGAUAUUGAAUUUCAAUUAAUUUGUAAUCUUGGACAAGAUGUAUUUGUAUGAUGCUCUGAUGUUUUAUGAUUUUUUUACUUUUUUUUAAAAAAUUUUCAUUAUGAUUUUCAAAGAAAUUAUCAAGGGAAGAGAUGAGAAUGGGGCCCUACGGGGAAUGCAGGGACUGGAGAUGGGGGUAAAUAUCUCAUCAGGGCGGGGAUUGGGGGCGAGGACGUGGAGAAGAUCAGGGUUCUGGGGUGGGGAGUAGGGAGGCAUCCCCCGCCCCACCCUGCUCCACUGCAUUGCGAUCCCUACUUCUGGUCAUGCGUAGUUCUUUCAGCUGGGAUGUUGAAAAUAUAAACAAGACAUUCUUAUUUGCUAUUUCUCUGCACGUAUUUUAAUGUAAGUGAUAUUGCUCUUAAGGUCUUCUAUGGAUGCAAUUGGAAGUCGAACAGUGCUGAUAACAGGGGUCAGCAGAGGGCUGGGAAGAGCGCUGGCCCUUGAGUUGGCCAACAGAGGCCACAACAUAAUUGGCUGUUCCCGCGCCCAAGAUGCCCUCAACUCCCUCCACUCCCAACUCUCUUCUUCCAAUCCCAAUCACAAUCACUUGUUCCUCAAUGCCGACGUGAGGUUGAAUAGCAGUGUUGAAGAGUUGGCGCGAACUGUGAUGGAGAAGACGGGUGUUCCUGAUAUCAUAGUGAACAAUGCAGGAACAAUCAACAAGAAUAACAAGAUCUGGGAGGUGCCACCAGAAGAGUUUGAUAGUGUCCUAGACACAAAUGUCAAAGGUACUGCCAAUGUGCUUCGCCACUUUGUCCCUCUCAUGAUUGCCGCAAAGAAGCAGGGCAUAAUCGUCAAUAUAUCAUCUGGCUGGGGCAGAUCUGGAGCUGCAUUGGUUGCACCUUACUGUGCGUCAAAAUGGGCCAUUGAAGGUCUGAGCAGGUCUGUGGCUAAGGAGUUGCCAGAAGGAAUGGCCAUUGUUGCACUUAAUCCAGGUGUGAUCAACACCGACAUGCUUGCCUCCUGCUUUGGUACUUCUGCAGCUCUCUAUCAAGCACCUGAAGCUUGGGCUCUGAAGGCAGCAACCAUGAUACUAAAUCUCACAUCAGCAGACAAUGGAGCAUCUCUAACUGUCUGAGGUAAAGAGCCUAAGAUAUACUAAAAUGAGGACUUUCAGCAGUCUUGAAAGAGAUUGAAAUUGUGAAGAUGAAAAGAAUUAAAACAAGGGGAGUAGAACUAAUUGCACUCGUCUUCAAACUCUCUGAAACCACCCUCUCUGUCAUUGGCUUCCACCAUCUCCCCUGGCCCUCUUUUGCACUAGCAUCCGUCAAUGGUGAGUCAUGGUUUGUGCUGCUCUCUUUCUGUUGGAUUUUAAAUUUUGUUGCAAGUGGUUAAUAAUCACUGGCGAAAGGGAAGGUGUUGAUGGAUGGUUGCCGGGUGUUGAUGGAUGGUUGUGGGACGGCGCUUUCCCUUUUUCAUCAAUGUUGGGCAAAGAGAAGAUGAUGGAGUGAUGGUUCUGUUCUCCCUCUAUUUAUUUUAUUUUAUUAUUAUUAUUUUUUGUGUUGGGCUCAUGGUGGUGUCUUGUUUUGACUUUCUUUUCUGUUUUGGGUUUUACGUCUCGGUGUGCUUUCUGGAUUUAGAGAGCGAGGCAAAGUAGAAGAGAAUUUCUCGUGUUUAUCACACCAUGUAUUUUGCUACUUUUUUUUCCUAAAUUUUUCUAGAGUGUACCUACUUAAGUUGUAUUGUUAAAGAUGAAUGUAGUAUUUACUUGUGUACCUAUGAUUUGUUGGAGUUUGCUAUUGCCGUUGGAUUUCUUUCUCCGUAAUUGUUAUUU